UCCUCUUUCCACUCAAGUGUGUUUCAUCCUCCAUCUUGUGAACUUAGUAGAAAAGAACUAUAACUAUCGUUUUUCCAGACAAUUGGUUCUGUGUUUACUUUUACUUCAUUGUUAUAAAUCAUAGCCGGAGUCCGUUUUCGGACCCGCCUCUCCCGCGUGUUAAACGACUCGUCGACGACGACCAUCUCCGAGGAGCUUCUGUUCCGCAAAAUCCAACCGUCGCUCUCAUCUUGAAGUGUCAGGUUCAUCAGCAGCACCAUGUCUUUUUCUAGCAGCUCGUCCGCUUCAAUCAGGAAAUUCUUUGACACGGAUCAAAGGGAGGUCAAACCUGGAGACCUGAUCGAGAUCUUCCGUGGUAGUUAUAAGCACUGGGCUGUUUAUGUUGGUGGUGGCAACGUCGUUCAUCUCGUAACAACCGGGGGAGGAGGCUCAAGCUCCAGCAUCGCUGGUCGUGGCGAUGACAGUGUGGGCGUCGUGUUGAAAGAGAAACUGGAGGACGUGGUGAAGAAGGACAGGUGGACAGUCAACAAUCUCCUGGAUAAUAAAUACAGAUCUCGCCCAGCUAAUGAUAUCGUGAAGGCUGCCUGUUCACUGGUGGAUACAAACCUGCAGUACGAUCUGUUGAAGUACAACUGUGAACACUUUGCCACUGAGAUGCGUUACGGCAAGCCUGAAAGUCGGCAGGUGCAGAACGCAACAGCGGUGGCCACCACCCUUGGCCUGGGAGCUCUGGGAGCAAGCGCCAUGAGUUAACUUCGUCCGUUAAGACUUCUUCUGUCUACAACUUCAAGGACAAAUAUGUUUCUGUCUGUUUCUGUGUAUGUUUCAUCUUCUUGUCAAAGAAAUGAUUUCAUAUGACGUAAACAGGAAUAUUCUCGAAAGAUGAAUCAAUAAAAUUCAUGUUUAAAAAAUGAA